CGCGACCGCGCGUCAUCAGGUCACGCGCAGCCCUCAGGUGCGUCUCAGGUCUCGCGGCGUCGCUUUCAAAUUGUUUGUUUUAGCAUUAUGUUGGAUUCAUCUCUCUAAAUGUAUCAACGGACCAGACAGCUUCCACUUCACCCCAGUUCGGACCGCUUUCCAACUGUGAACACAUGAACAGUGAUGAACAGAACAGGCUACAAUGGAAGAGGAGGGACUGAGCAACUUCAAAACUCUGAGGGCCAAGUUUCAGGAAGAGACCCUCCUGGCUCAAUCCAAAAGUAGGCGACCAGCUGUUGCAGAGAAACCCAAACACCCUCCACCUUCCGGAGGUCACUGUUGCUCCGUGGUCGGCAGUAUUAAUAUUGCUGUUGAAAACAAGAAACCAGUGGUUCCCCGGCUCAUCUUCAGAGAUGGGCUGCUAACAUCUGGAGGCAAACUACCAAUUUCCUUUCCACCACAACCUCAGCAGACCUCCCCCUCAUUCCAGCCGUCUAAUGGAGAUUCCACCACAUGGCAGUCCCUGAAAGACAGACACAUGCCUCUGGUGCUUCCUGUCCUGCCUGUAAAAGAGAAAAAGACAGAACUGCCAGCCAAAAAGGAGCACACACUAGAACUGGAGCCAGGGAAAGAAGUACUGCCACAAACUAAAAUCAAGAAGAAAGGUUUGCUGCUCCCUUUCAAGUCAGCCAAAGCUUCAAAGGUCAGUGCAGAAAAUGGAGAGGAGCCUACUUAUGCCUAUUUGACCACCAGACCUUCCAGUGAUCCAGGCGAGUUGCCCUCUGUGGAAAAACAAACCACAGAAGACAGGGUUUCACUCCAAAGUGACCAAUCAACCACUGAGUUCCCCCUCUCCAGCCCAGAUAUACCAAUCACCCCUCCUACUGCAGAGACAAGUUUUGACUUUGACAACAAAAUUAUUAGCACCUUGGAGAAGGCCAAGAAGAGGUUUUCACGCAGGCAGAUGUUGAUUUCUGCCAAACCUAAGAGCUUCCGUUCCACUGACUAUGUCUCAAGAGACAAGGUUUUGCUUUCACCGCCAAAGAAUAUUGUUGAACCCCAGCUACCCUUACUCCCGCCAGUCUGUCUUCCACACCUGGCUUGUCUAUCGGCCCGGCCUUUCUUCAAAGCCAACCACUUGGCACACAAGUCUGCAAUGAAUAAGCAGUUUGGCAGGGAUAAAGCUCUUCCCUCAGUCAGGACUGGCGAACCUCAUCCAUGCUCUGCUCCUCGAAAGAAGCCUUUACCUGACUUGAGGUCACUGGGGCCAUUGCCAUCAAAGCCCCCCAGACCUCCAUUAGUGGAUCUCAGCUGUUACCACCGACUCGCAGUUAACGAGGUGUCACCAGGUCUUAGCGAAGCACCAAGUGAAGAGCCAGAGGCUGAGCACCCAUCCAUCUCCCACUCGGCACUCGACGCUCCAGAGUUUCCAGACUUUGAGAGUUGUGAGAUGGAAACAGCAGAGAGUGAAUCUGUUGACAUUGGUGCGCUAGAACUGAAGACCUUUGACUUAGUCAGCACUGAACUUCCUGUGCCAGACUACUGCAGGGGCCCCGAUUUCGAGGAUCUGCAACCUGACAUAUCAAUGUGCGAUCCUGUAGAGCUCCUUAUAAGCGCCGUCAACCAAGAUCUGAAUCUUGGCAGUCAAAACAUAAUGCCCCUUGAUCCAGCCAGCUUCCCUGAACCAAUAAACCUUCCAGAGUUCCCAGAGUCUGCCAUGUCAGAGCAGUGGUCUCAGACCGAGGAGGUGAGCAUAGAUCCUCUUUCUAGCACUCAAGCUGAUGAGACUGACCUGGGAUUUGCUGAGUCCCACUCUGCCACGCAGGAAAUGGACGAUGGUAACCACGCAGCAUUGAAUGGGAUACAACCACAUCCUAAUGUAUCCCAACAGGACAGUUACUAUGAAGCGUGCGAUAAUGUGUACGAGGAUGUCGAGAACAUCAACAAAUUCAUCUUUGGCCAGAUAUCGUGUAAACCAAAAGGUGGUCUGAAGAAUCCAUAUGCUACCCUCCCUCUGAAGGAAGAAGGGUCUCUUUACAUUUGGCCCAGAAAUCCGUGGGGCAGUUUAUCAGGAGAACAUGCUCAUCUGGCCCAUAAUCAUGUCCACAGAUUUGUUUUCAGUAAAGAACGGCAAAGUCCCAACACUGCUGAGCAUAAAGAACAGAAGAAGAGGGAAAAGCAGCGACUGGAGAAGGAGAAAAAGGAGCAAAAAGAAAGGGAGAAGAAGGAAAAUGAAAUGAAGAAAAAGUUCAAAGUGACCGGUGAAGAGGAGGCCAUGUACCACGCCAAGGUGAUGGUGGCUAGCAAGAUUCGCAAGAAUGACCUGCCAGUAAAGAACGGGGACACGGUCGGCAUCAUUCGCACCACCAACUGCCCCAAAGGCAAAUGGUUGGCCCGAGACGCCAAACAUAAGUACGGAUAUAUUUCAGUGAUGAAUGUAGAACUUAAUAUCAAAGAGAUGCUGGAACUUGGCAAGAAGGCCCAAGCAGCUGGACGAGGAGGCAACAUGGAGGGAGAUACUAUCAGCAUUGGGAGCAGAUCCUCUAACCACCCUGUACUAACAAGCAGUUUCACAGAUGACAGUGAGGAGUGGGCAUGUGAUGAGACCAUCUCACCCUCCAAUGAAAGCCAUAGCUUUACGCAUCAGACUGCCUCCCUACCCGAGAUGUCAUGUGGCCAUAUCAGCGUCCAUCACACUCUGAGCGAUGCCAACCAUGAGGACUUGCACACACAGACCAGACACGAGGCCCUGCAGAAACUAGCCAUCUUCUUUCAACACAGCAAAGAUGUGUUUGAUGACAUCCCUGAUGGCGCUGGAGCGGCUCCUACAAAUGCUGAGCCAUCAAACUUCUUGUGUGCUGUUGAGGAGCUUCCAUAUCCUGAACAGGAGGUUGACUUCACAGAACUUGAACUCCUUCCUCCCCCGCUGCUCUAUGCUGACACCAUCUGAUUACCACAUCGGCUGGAGCAAGUUAUGUCGGGAUGAAACUGCACAGUUCACUUUUGGGAUUGAUUUGAGAAAAGAAACUCCUGAUUGGAGCUGCUGAUGGGACUGUACUAUAAUUGUGAUCUCACCUUUUUUGUUAAGUUUGUUCACGUUGUGUUGUACACUUCUCUGAUGUUACUGUUAACCGGGCACAAAUUGAAUCAUUGCUCUUUGGAGCAAUGACAUAAUGUAUUAAAUUGUUCACUCGUAGAUGCUCAAAUUUAAGGAUUUGUUUGUAAAUGCGUUCUUUGCUUUUGGAUUUGCUUUUGUCUGUUACAUCUAAUAAAUAUUUGUUAUUGAUUAA